AUGGCAACAGGCACAAUUAGCGCCCUGCUGCAGGAUGACGAUAUAAUGAAGGAGAACCAGACUCUUGACCAGUCUUUUGUUCCGCAUAUGGAAUAUGCCUCAUCACGGUCCUCUGCAGACGGAGAGCUCAUCCGCCAUGUAACCACAGCCUUCGCAGAGGUGUGCAAAAGAAUUGAAACUCUGCACAAUAUGAUUGAGAAACAGGCAGAACGCCCAGAUGUAAUGGAAGAAAAGCCUGAUCUAGACAGCAUGAUAUUACAGGAAAAAGACGAAGUAGGCUGGCUGGAGAGGAUUAAGCAGAUCAUAUACGGCAAAGACAAAGAGGAGAGCACCGAGUAUCCGCAGGCUGCUGAAGAGCACACAGUGCAGGCAGAGCCAGAGCAAAUCAUAGAGCACAGCGUGGAGCAUAGCACGCUUCUAAAUGCGCUGCGCAGAGUAGAAAAGGCAGGGAUGCAGGCAGUUAUGAGUCGGCAGGGGAUAGCAGGCGAGAUAACAGCGCAGAGGGAAAGAGAAAGCGCAACAGCAGAGAUAGCGUACCAGAAGGCGAGAGCAGAGGCUGCAGAGCAGGCUCUUAAAGAGACAAAAGAGCAGCUUGCAAGCUGCCGGGCCCGGCUGAAGAUACGCAAGAAAGAGAUCACGGAGGUCCGGGCCUCAUUUUCCUCGUGCUCUGCAGCUGAAGCGUCUCUUGCAAAAUUGGCCACAACUGCCUCUGUUCAGAUCACCCGGAUUCUCCUGCUUCUUGGAAUGCCAGACGCAAUUGAGCAGCUGCACAAGGAAAUAUCAGCAGGUGAGGUGGGGAAGCUGGUCACUUCUCUGCAGGAGAUAGAAGGGGUCUUCCGAGAAAGCAUGCACAGAGAGAAGGAAAUGCACGAGAAAAUGCAAAAAGACAAAAUGCAAAUUGGAAGCCAAAUCCUGGCCCUCCAUAAAGAGCUUGACGUCCUGAAAAGAGAGAACCAGGAGAUGAUAAAAGAGACAGAGAAAAUGCGAGAUGAGAAAGAUGCAAUUAUCAAUAAGCAGCGCCUAGCAAUAAAACUUCUAAAAAGCAGAAUAGUCCAGGGAAGCGGGCUUCUCUCCAGAAUUGAUCUUCCAGAAAGCAUAUCUGCAAGAAAGGACGUGCCUAUAAAUAGCGUAUUUCCGGCUGAACAGGCCAAGCCAAAGUCAAAGGUUGAGAUUGAGCUAAGGGAGAGGAUUGCAGACUUAGAAAAGCACCUUGCAGGCCUUGAUGGCACUGACACCCCGCAGUAUAAGAAGAGCUUGGCCGAUUUAGAAGACUGUAAAAGAAGGCUUGCCGAUUUUAUGAAGAUAUAA